AUCGUUAGCGGUAGAUGACAGCAGUUUGUAAAUACUGAAAGAAGUGAGCUAAGCUAACUGAUUCACAGGAAAUACCUUUUCGGCCUCUGAGUAUCACUGCUACCACCAACUGAAGAUGUCUAAAAAGCAGAUGUACUAUUCUGACAAGUACAACGAUGAGGAGUUCGAGUACAGGCAUGUUGUGCUUCCAAAGCAGCUGUCUAAACUGGUGCCCUCUUCCCACCUGAUGACAGAAGAAGAGUGGAGGGGGCUGGGGGUGCAACAGAGUCAGGGCUGGAUUCAUUACAUGAUUCACAAACCAGAGCCACACAUACUGCUUUUCAGAAGGCCUCUUCCAAAGGAUUGAAUGAAAACCAUCUGUAAAAUACCUGCCAACGUCUUUGUUGACUUGUACUGACUUUGGGCCAUGCAUCUCCCAUACAUUUGGAUGUUUCUACAUAUGUUCUUAUGUAUUGUGUAGAAAACCUUUAGCUGUUUUGUUGUAUGUUCUUUCAAACUCCCUCAGUUUUUAGAGGUAAUGAGAGGAAUGGCUUAAUCACACUGUGAAUGAUACUUUAACAGUAUGAAGGAGAGUUUCUUGUACAUUUUUAAGUGUUUCUAAUGUCAUUUUGUUGAAAUUGAUUUAUUUACUGAGUGGUCAAAUUUAUUGUAUUUUA